GCCAAAGUUUGGGUCAGAUCGGCUCGUGGAGUAUAAGCAGUUAAGGAGAGAGUUGGACUUUGAGUUGGACACACGGUCCCCACGCGAAGGACACGAGAGCCGAACACUGCCAACUCAUUCCUGAUCAUCAGUCUGGUGGCACCGAGGCUACACUGAGUUCAUCAGAGCAUUCAGCGAGAUGGAAACUGCAACCAUCACCACCACGCAGACAGCCUUCACCUUUGCACUAAGUGAAAGACACGCCAGCAUCAGUCUGCACGCGCCGGCCCAGGACGCGGCGUCGGUUCAUCCAAAUGGCAGCGCCGUCGCCUUCCAGAGUAAAAGCAAGGUGCUGAAGAGACAGCGCUCCAACUCGCCAGAGCUGCUGCGCUGCAAGAGGCGCCUGAGCUUCAACGGCCUGGGCUACUCGAUCCCCCAGCAGCAACCCGUGGCCGUAGCCAGGCGGAACGAAAGAGAGCGGAACCGGGUCAAACAAGUCAACAUGGGUUUCCAGACGCUGCGUCAGCACGUGCCCAACGGCGCCGCCAACAAGAAGAUGAGCAAAGUUGAGACUCUCAGGUCUGCGGUGGAGUACAUCAGGGCUCUGCAGCAACUUCUGGACGAGCACGACGCUGUUUCAGCCGCAUUCCAGUGCGGACUGCCGUCACCAACCCUCUCCAACAGCUACUCCGCCGACCCGGAGUCACCUCACUCCACAUACUCAUCAGACGAAGGUGGCUACGAGCCUCUGAGCUCGGAGGAGCAGGAACUGUUGGACUUUACCACCUGGUUCGACAGAUACUGAUGCUGUCAGCGUCCAAAAACACUCUGGCGACUUUAAGAAAUGCUGACAAAGUCAUCAUGGUAACAACAGACCGGAGGGGUUCCCCUCAGUGCGCACAGGCGAUUUGUUACCUCAGUCCUCGCUUCUGCAGGAGUGAAGCAAUAACAAGACAGCGCGUGAAAGAGGAGCACAGUCCCUAAUAUGGACGCGGUGACGCGUGGAAGUGAAAUGUUGACAUUUGAUAAGUGCAAUUAACUCGAGACGCGGAAGGUUCUCGCAGAGGCGGAGCUGCAGGUCCUGCAGGGAUUAGUUUGGGAAGAGUUCCGGGCUUCCCUCCUCACCUGCCGCGUCUGUCGGAAGAUGUGACAAAGAUGAUGCGUUAACAGACUUUUUCUCUUGAUGUACAUUUCCGCCCCUUUCGUAACAACUUUGUAUGUUAUUUUAACACAGAUGCUUAUUUUUGUACAACGAGCCAAACAGAAGUUUUAGAACUGUUUCCUGCCACUUUUCUGACAGUGUUUUGAUUCGAGAAGCAGCUGGACAGCGACAUCACGGAGACUACCUGUGACCAGAUUAGCGUUUCCUCUUCAUAGAGACUUUAUUAUUGAUGUAUGCACUUGUUCUGAUGCUCCCGUAGUCACACAAAAGUGUAAAUACUCGAUUUUAACAGAUAUAUUUUGUGUAAAACAGCUUUUUAUAAAUAAAGAUUAAUCUAUUUA